GGCCGGCAACGUAGAGAGUUUUGGGCGCGCUUCUCCCCCCUCCGUUCUGCACGAUCGUGAAAUUGAACAAAGCCAGUGAAAUUGUUGAGUUCACCCUCAAGCAGGCUCCGCUGCAUCUAUGGCGGCGGGCAGCGGCGUCCCUCCUGAUAACACUCUGCCGCUGCUGCAGUUUGUGCCGUGGCAGAGUGCAGUGGAUGUGGGCUUCUGGCAGAAGCUGGCUGCGCGCAAGCUGGCGGAGCUGCGCCUGAGCGAGGCCGAGCAGCCGCUGGCGGGCCACUUCACCGCCAGCACCCACACACAGCUGUCCUCCCCCCUCCACGUUGGCCCGGACGCCUGGGCUGGGGGCGUCAGUGAGGGCGCAGUGCGGGGGGGGCGUGCGGUGGCCCCUGGCUCGUGUGUGUUGACCAACACUCUGGACGGCUUCAAGCAAGCGGACAAGAAGGCCCUCCUGCAAGCCGCCGCCGCCAAGGUAUGGGCCGCCAUCGUGUCGGGCCAGGCGGAGCGGGACUCGGCCCUGCUCAACCGCUUCUUCCUCCUCACCUUUGCGGACCUCAAGAAAUGGGACUUUGUCUACUGUGUACCCCCCCCCCUCGGGGAGGCCAUGGCCCGCGCCUGCCUGGCCUGGAAGCAGGCGCCCCCGCCGGCCCCUCCCCCGGAUGCAGUGGCCGGCCCUCCGGGUGACGCUGUCAGCGACCUGGCUGCGCGCUUGGAGGCCAGCAGCGUGGAGGAUCCAGGGGACGUGGCGGCGGCCAGCGUCGGGGGGGGGAGCCCCUUCUUCCUGCUGCACUGUGCGGAGGGGGAGCAGGUCACCGCCCAUUCCCUGGAGCACUGGAGCGCGCUGCAGCAGCAAGCGGGCACAGUGGUGGCUGUGUAUUUGGACCCGUGCCACCUGGCGUCCCACCCGGGGUGGCCCCUGCGCAACCUGCUGGCGCUGGCCGUGGUGCGCUGGCGCGUGCGCACGUUGCCCGUGCUGGCGCUCAAGGAGACCCGCGGCCGCCCCGACUGGGACCGCUCCCUCGCCACCACCGUGCACCUCCCGGACCUCCCGGAGUGGCGUGCCACGGGCGCUCCCUGCCCUGCAGCAGUGGGGUGGGAGCGGUCAGCAGCGGGCGCCCUGGGUCCGCGCGUGGCGGCGCUGGGCGCGGCGCUGGACCCAGUCCAGCUGGCGGGCGCGGCGGUGGACCUCAACCUGCAGCUCAUGCGCUGGCGGCUGCUGCCCAGCCUGGACCUGCCGCGCCUCACCGCCACGCGCUGCCUCCUCCUUGGCACAGGCACGCUGGGCUGCGCGGUGGCGCGCACCCUGCUCGCGUGGGGCGUCAGGGACAUCACGCUCGUCGACAGCGGCGUGGUGUCCUUUUCCAACCCAGUGCGGCAGUCUCUGUUCACGCACGCCGACUGCCUGGCCGGGGGCCGCCCCAAGGCGGAGGCUGCGGCGGCCGCUCUGCGCGCCAUCUUCCCGGGGGCGCAGGCCAGCGGGGUGCGGCUGAGCAUCCCCAUGCCGGGCCACGCGGUGGGCGCACGCGAGGCGCCCGCCGUGCUGGCGGCGUGCGCGCAGCUGGAGCAGCUCAUACAAACGAGCGACGCGGUGUUCCUGCUCACCGACACGCGCGAGUCGCGCUGGCUGCCCACGCUCCUGGCCGCCGCCCACAACAAGCUGGCCAUCAACGCUGCGCUCGGCUUCGACACCUUCCUCGUCAUGCGCCACGGGGCAGGCCCCCUGGCUGCCCCCCCGCCGGCUCCCUCUGCGGACGCGCCUGCCGCGGCUGGGGCGGCGGCUCCGCCCCUGCGCCUGGGCUGCUACUUCUGCAACGACGUCGUGGCGCCCCUCGACUCCACGGCCGGCAGGACACUCGACCAGCAGUGCACGGUGACGCGGCCCGGGCUGGCCCCCAUGGCUGCGGCGCUCGCGGUGGAGCUGCUGGUGGCCCUGCGCCACCACCCCGCCGGCCUGCACGCCCCCGCUGACAGCACGCCCCCGGGGGCCGCCUUCCCGGCCGGGGCUACGGCGCAGCCCCUCGGCCUCGUGCCGCACCAGGUGCGCGGCUUCCUGGCCUUCUUCUCGCAGCUGCUGGUGACGGGCCACGCCUUCGACAAGUGCACCGCCUGCUCCGCGGCCGUCGUGCGCGAGUACCACCACCGCGGGCCCGACUUCCUGCUCCAGGCGUUCAACACGCCGACGUUCCUGGAGGACCUGACGGGCCUCACCGCGCUGCGGGCCGCCACAGACGAGCUGCUCGCGGAGUGGGAGGCAGGCGACGACUCCGCAGCCGACGCCGACGACUUCUAGGGGGCCCCCUUUGCGCAAACGGCACCGCAGAGCGGCUGGAGCGGCUCCGCAGCAUCCGGCUCGGCCGACCCGGGCUUUGGCCCUCAGUGAACUUGGUGCAAAGCGUUCGUUCUGAAUGAGGAGAUUCCUCAUCGUUCGCCAUGGGUACUUGCUCGGCGCAAUUAUCAUCUGCGAACGUCUUCUGCUCUCAAUGAUGCCCGCGAUCCAGCGGGUUGUGCAGGCUUGCCUCCCUUGCGUCAUGGACGACGUCGACCCACCCCCGACUGCCCUGGAAGGGUGCAGCGCACCCGGCUGCCUAGUCAGCGGGCCGGGACAAGAAGCUUCACUCCUGGGCGGAUACCAAGGAACGCGAAAGGAAUCUCGCCGAUCAUUGACCCUGCAUGAUGCUCGUCAUGCAGCCGCGCUGUGCUUGCAUGAACGAAAGCAAUAUUGUAUCAACGGGGUGACGAAUGCUUGGCUUGAAAUUUGCUUCCGAGCAGGCCGUAGAGCCAUGCUGUCUACGCGGACGGAAGUGAUGGCAAUCUGAAAAGACAAACGUUCGCAGCGAGCCCCUUACCAAUCUAUAUACCCGGCCCGUUAGGCCCAGCAGCCGCAACCUCAACUCAACAAAACAUCAGAGCACUGUGUACAUUAACACUCUUUACAGAAUGAAAGGUGGUCACCCGUGUCUGCUUCUACAUACUUUAUACGGAA